GAGACUCAGCGAUCCUUACUGGAGUGAAUGGAGAAUGACGCGACUAUUCAUUCAACGAGCCCUGGUUUAGCUUUAGGUGUACACGUUGCUAGGCAACACUGCGACCAACUCCAACAGAAACAAAGGCUUCGUUUUCCGCCACUGACUGAAGGAAGUCACAGCGAUGGCAGCUGAACACAUCACGGGGCUGAAGCGGAAAAUCAGACUGCUCGAGGUGGAGAGAAAAGCGUGCUAUGACAGACAUGAAGCUGCCAUCAUGAAGAACCAGGAGCUGAUCCAUCAGCUGAGGGAGGACAACAGGAGGCUGCACAGGAAGCUGGCAGGAGCUCAUGCUCGUGAUGAGCAGGUGAUCAGAGCGGCCUUUCAAAACAGAGCAAGGGAGAGGGAAUCCUACCGCAACAAGUCUGUGAAGGAGAUCAUUGGAACACUAGACGACUGCGUGCUAUCCAACAGGAAGCGUCUUAAUGCCCUAAAACAUGGCACUGAGAUCUAUGAGAGGCGCCGUGGAGAGCUGAAGAUGGAGUACCGGAGAAUGAAACCAGAGCACAGUGUAGCGCCCCCUGGUGUUCGCACUUUGAAAAAAGAGGAGAAUGCCAUGAACUUGCGGGUCCUGGAGAACAGUCUGGAAAAAAGCCAGUUUAAGUGCAAGGAGGCCGAGAACAUCAUGAUUGACUACCUGAAAUUAAAGAGUCACUUACAG